AUGAUCCCCUCUUCAUGCACCCUGACCUGUCCUUUGGUACCCAUACCGGCAGCUGUGGCCACAUCAUGCACUCUCACUGCUGGCAGAGAUACUUUGAGACACUCCAGAGUCAGGAUGCGCAGUGGCUGCAUGAGCAAACCAGUUGCGAUGUAGUGAAUGGGGAGUACUUGUGUCCACUCUGUAAGUGUCGCAGUAACACUGUCAUUCCUCUCCUGCCCCUCACUGAGACCACCUGCAGUUACAGCAAUAGUGAGCAGCCAGGUCUGGCUCAUUGGCUGAAUACAACGUAUACAAGCCGAUCAGAGCCUUGUACUCUGCUCAUAAGAGAGCCAAGCCAACAAAUGCUGGUGAGACUGAGACUGUGGAGGACUCUCCUCCUCCUGAGAGUUUCAGGCUGGACCACACACCAGUCAUCCCUUAUUCAAGCUCCAUAAGGGAGAUGCUGAUGACAUUUGGGACCGCAACUUAUAAAGUUGGCCUUAAGGUGCACCCUAAUGAGCAGGACCUCCGUGUGCCGAUCAUGUGCUGGGGCAGCUGUUCUUGCACCAUCCAGUCUAUAGGUCAGUCUGCACCCAUUUGUUACAGACUAACAAUUCAUGUAUAAGAUUUACAAUAUUCACUGACCUGUGUUAAGGGGUAGUUAGUAAAAAUGUUUUGCUUUUUGGUAAAGAACAUUAUGAUAUGCAUUUGUUGUUUUUCUGUGCUUGUAUUUUGUACAGAGAGAUUAUUGGUAGAUGAGGAGAAGCCUUUGUUUGGAAGUUUACCCUGUAGACAGGUAUGACAAGCCAACUUAUUGUCAUAUCUCAGCCCAGCCAGGACUCGGUUUCCCGAGAAGCAACACAGUAUUCUACCGUGUUUAUUCGAUAAGUGACUUUGGCCUUUGCUUACGUCCCCAACCACGAUUUCUGUCUUACCCCGUUUGGUUUGUUUGCAUGAUCGCCUGACCCUCGCUUGCUUCUUGACUACGGACUGUGUUCACCCCUCUGGAUUAUACUGCCUGAACCUGCCGCCCGCUUCUGCUUCUGUAUUCCCCACGGUACGUGACACUUAUCAUGCCAGAAUGAAUUCUUCUUUCGAGGGAUGUGUGAUGAUGUAAUAAAUUCUGUAUCAGAGGUAUUGUUAGUGCUGUUAAAAUACUCGACGAAGCACUGUUUGCUUGCAGGAUGGAGUAGUUAAUUGUACACUAGAAUAAAUUCUUCCGAUGAUUUGAUUUGCUUUUCACUUGUAAU